AUGACCUCUGGACACCGUGCAAACCAGAAACCAGGCUGUGCCAUCAUGACAUUCCGACCAACCAUGGAGGAGUUUUCAAAUUUCAACAAGUACAUUGCUUACAUGGAGUCCCAGGGAGCUCACCGAGCAGGACUGGCCAAGGUCAUUCCACCCAGGGGAUGGAGAGCCCGGCAGUCCUAUGACGACAUCGGCCACAUCGUAAUCGCCUCCCCCCUGCAGCAGGUGGUCUCUGGCAGGGCAGGUGUGUUCACUCAACACAGUAAGAAAAAGAGACCCAUGACCGUGGGGCAGUACCGCCACCUGGCCAACAGCAAAAAGCACCGCACCCCUGCACACCUGGACUUUGAAGAUCUGGAGAGAAAGUACUGGAAAAACCGCCUCUAUGUGCCACCCAUAUACGGAGCCGACGUCAGCGGGUCCCUGUUUGACGAGAACACCCAGCACUGGAACGUGGGGCACCUGGGAAGCGCUUUGGACCUGUUGAGGCAGGAGAGCCAGGUGGUGAUCGAGGGCGUGAACACGCCCUACCUGUACUUCGGCAUGUGGAAGGCCACGUUCGCGUGGCACACGGAGGACAUGGACCUGUACAGCAUCAACUACCUGCACUUCGGGGAGCCCAAGACGUGGUACGCGGUGCCCCCCGAGCACGGAUGGCGCCUGGAGCGCCUGGCCAGGGACCUGUUCCCGGGCAGCUCCCGGGGCUGCCAGGCCUUCCUGAGGCACAAGGCGGCCCUCAUCUCGCCCAGCGUGCUCAGGGAGAAUGGCAUCCCGUUCGGCCGCAUGACGCAGGAGGCUGGCGAGUUCAUGGUCACCUUUCCCUCGGGCUACCACGCCGGCUUCAAUCACGGCUUCAACUGCGCAGAGGCCAUCAACUUCGCCACCCCGCGCUGGGUCGACUAUGGCAAAGUGGCGUCUCAGUGCAGCUGUGGGGAGGCCAGGGUCAGCUUCUCCAUGGAUGCCUUCGUGCGCAUCCUGCAGCCCGAGCGCUAUGAGCCGUGGAAGCGCGGCCAGGACCGCGGAGCGGCGGACCGCGAGGAGGAGGCGCAGCCCGCCACACCGAGCUCAGCUUAG